AUGGCAAGCACCCAGGAGCAUUCACCCAUGGCAACAACUAGCCUAGGCUACGGCGAGAAGAAGGUGCUCUUGGCCGGUUAUCCGGCAUUGAUCAAAUUCGUUCCUGGCGAUGGUGAUAAAUCAAAACCGUUGGUGGCGUUCAUUCCUGGUUUGGCUCACAACGCGCGUAUCUCAUACGGCGGACACGACGGAAGCCAGAGUGAGGACUUUCUGGCACAUUGGUUUCAUAAACACGGAUUUGGAUUUCUGGGGAUCUCGUACCCGUUGGAUACCAACCCGGAGAUUAUGCCUCGUACCGGCAGCGACCUCUCAUUGCGCGAUUGGGGCGUGCAAGCAGCCACUGCGAUGAAGAAUGUCGUGGAAGAGCAUGGUCUGUCUUCCAAAGUCGUUAUAUUGGCCUGGAGUAUGGCUGGCAGGACAUUGGAGCCCGUUGCCACGGAAGCGGCAGCUCUAGGACUUACUGUGAGCCUGUACAUUUCACUAUCAGCCACCCCCGCCCUCUGGGGAUUACGAAAGAAUAUAUCACCAUCUCGUAUCACUUUCAGUCCGGCAGGAUACUGGAACUGCUCAUUUUUGUAUGACCUCUUCCUGCCACAGCUGCUGGAGCAGAAUCGGAUCAAUGAUGGACGGAUAAUUAUCGACGAAGCCCUCUACAAACGCGAGUACUUUGGUUCAACACCUGUAGCGUUGGGUGGCUGGGGAUUCAGAUACAACAGAGAAGAAAAGAUGCUGGCUGAGAACAAGUGGGCACUAUUGGAAGAGGGCCGAGUUGACAACUACGGAAAGCUGCCAGCCAUGGCAGCAAUCUAUCCGAAUAGCCCACUUGACUGGGGGCACUCCAUCUCUGACAAAAUCAACUGGAGCUACUUGAUCAUCCACAAGUUCAUAGCCGAUGUCGAAAAAUUAAAUCGAACGCGCAAGCCCCGAGUCGACGGUUUCGAAGAGAAACAUGGACAGGAAUUGAGAAUUUUAGAGAGCUUACGGGCCCUCAUUUACAAAAUUCCCGAUCAGAUGAUCACUGGCAUAGAAGGCAACCAUUUUUUCUUUGUGGGUGCUAAAGGCGCAAGGCAAACAGCUGAAAUUAUCAUAGGAUUCAUAGAGGAAGCAGAGAAGAUUUGUGUCGCGUUCCAAAGUGUCUUGGAAUCGGAUCAAUAA